AUGGCAGCUGUUAUCCAUCUCAGGUCGGAAACCAAGCCCUUUGAGCGGCGUUCUCCACUAUCACCCGAGACAGCCAAGGCUCUUGUGAGCGCUGGGUACAUUGUGCGAGUUGAAGCAUCGCCGGAUCGCAUCUAUCGUGAUGACGAAUUCUCAGCUGCCGGUGCUGAGAUUGUCACUGCUGGAUCGUGGGUUGAAGCUCCCUCGGACAAUAUCAUCCUAGGCUUGAAAGAGCUUCCCGCAGACGGCACACCCUUGCCGCACACAUACAUUCACUUUGCCCACUGCUUUAAGAAGCAGGACGGUUGGGCUACUGAACUGUCACGCUUUGCCCAAGCUGGGGGUUUGCUCUAUGAUCUCGAAUAUCUGCUGGAUGACCGAGGCGCGCGUGUGGCAGCGUUCGGCUUCACUGCGGGAUUCUCUGGUGCUGCGCUGGCCCUGUUGUCCUGGGCGCAUCAAGUUCUUCACCCUGGAGUUCCUCAAGGCGCAGUCCCGGAAUUCGACUCUGCAUCUGCUUUAGUAGAACUCGUUAGAUCUUCUGUUGUCGAAGCCAUGGCACGGAACAAUGGCAAGUGCCCCCGUAUCAUGAUCAUCGGAGCCUUGGGUCGUUGCGGGAAAGGGGCAACGGAGAGUUGCCUUGCCGCAGGGAUUCCCGCGGAAUCGAUUCUCAAAUGGGAUAUGGCUGAUACCAGCCGUGGCGGACCGUUUUCCGAGAUUGCCGACGUCGAUAUCCUCAUAAACUGCGUUUAUCUGGGUGCAAACCGCGCUCCGCCUUUUGUCACGCUCGAAUCCUUAUCGACACCGAACAGGCGGCUUCGCGUAAUCUGCGAUGUGAGCUGUGACCCAAACAGCGAGAACAACCCGAUUCCUGUUUAUUCUGGAUAUAGCUCUUUCGAAAACCCAACGAUUCCGGCGUCGGGCAACCUAGACGGGCCGGAGCUGCGCAUUAUUGCUAUUGACCAUCUCCCCACCAUGAUUGCGCGCGAGGCAAGCGAUGAGUAUGCCAGCUUGCUUCUCCCCAGCCUCUUGAAACUGCGGGAUCGUGAAACGGAAGGCGUCUGGACUCGAGCAGAACAGACGUACCGACAGCGAGUGUCCGAAUUGUCGUAA